CAGCGAGAUCUACGUGCGACCGGAGCUGAUGGCGGCGGGGCUGGCGGAGGGUCUCACCGAGGAGGCGGGGAAGGCUCCAGGCAGAGCGAGGAGGCCCCGGCGGUACCGACACACCGAACCAGAAGCCCACAGCGAGGACGGAUGGAGCGGUGGGAUCUCCUCUGGGCUGUCAUCUUGUCUCCAGCAGUCGCGUCCCCCUGUAUGGCGCUUGAAGGAUUUUGCCUGUUAGCGUAACUUGUGACCUCUGUGUUGUCAAAACGCUAACAAGCUGACAACUCAAGACAAUUCUCCUCACAGUUACCGGCAAUAAGAUUGUAGGGUCAGAAUUGACUUGUAGUAAUAAUCAUGGAACGACAAGGAUCAGCCAGCAAGUUCAGUGGCUAGCAGGUGGUUAGCGCAAGCAGCUAACGGUGGCGCGGGACUAGGGAAGUGGGCGGAGCAGGGGUGCGAUGGAGUACCACUCUGGUGGCAGCCUGCCCCUGCUGGGGAGACCGCGCUACUGCCCUGGCACCAACGCUAACGGCGGCUACCUGUGCGAGACGGGACACUGCUGCGGUGAGACAGGCUGCUGCACGUACUACUACGAGCUGUGGUGGUUCUGGCUCCUGUGGACGGCCCUCAUCAUGUUCAGCUGCUGUUGCGCGUACCGUCACCGGCGAGCCAAAGUGCAAGCGCAGCAGCAGCAGCGGCGCCAGCGAGAGAUCAGCCUGCUGGCCUAUCGGGGUACCGCCUCCUACCCGUCCUCCAUGUUGGACCUCAGUUUCCUGGCAUCGCUCAAGCUGCCGUCGUACGAGGAGGUGGCGGCGCAGCCCUCCACCCCGCCGCCCCCCUACAACUCUGUUUUUACGGCGCCGCGCUACCCGCAACCCCCCCGCACUGCCGACCCCCACCUGCUCAUGCAGCACGACCCGCUGCUGCACCGCCCGCUCAGCGACGGCCCCUCCUCUCUCAGCUCAGACAACAGCUCCAGCUGCUCCUGUGACUCGUGCUGCCCCUCCUCUCUGUGUAGCUCCUCCCCCUCUGCACCCCUGACUUAUGAAACGGACACAAGUCACGCCUCCACGCCCAGCGAGGUGGCAGCCCUCCCCUUCGAUGUCGCCAUAGAAACCCCCCCGCAGGCUCCUCUCUCCCCCGGCCCCGACACCACACCUGCCCUCGCCGACAUGGCCACCGCCUCAAAAACCAGCUCGCCGCUGCCCAGCAGUCCUCCCGCUAACCUCGUCCCAACUCCACUCGUGGACCCGGAUUCCGCCCCCGAGAAGUCAGGGUCGGCUGAGUCCGGCGAGUGCACGGCCCUCUCUGCCCUGGCCCCUCCCUCCACCUCUUUCCUCCUGGACGCACCACUAGCGACCCGGCCCGCUCAGGCCCCACCCAAGCAGACGCUCUUCUCGCCGUGCGUGGAUGUCUUUCCAGCAGAGCCGGAGGAGGAGGCAAACGAAGACGACGUGGACGCCGACGAGAGCCAGUACCGUCACCGAAGACUGACCGGCGACUCGGGCAUCGAGGUGUGCCGCUGCCGUGUCCAGGGCCAGGAGGCGCAGGAGGAGGAUGCCGAGCCAGAGAGCGGCAGUGAGGGAAAGAAAUCUGAUCUCCACGACAGCGUGGACUGUCCCUCCAAGUGCGCCGCCACACCUUGCCACCCCCGCGAGGAGGCGGGCGAUGUCGUGAUCGUCGUGGAGACGGCGUGAUGGACGGAUGCGGUCGUCACUGCAGAUGAUUGACAGGCCUGCCUUGAGCUCCCAAUAGACGGAACGCUCCAGCCAUCCAUUUUCAUUUCAAAUGUAGACACUUCCUCUUUGAUAUGGACAUGUUCUGAUUGGUCAUGGAUAUCACCUGAUUGACACGGCAACUUCCUGAUUGGACAGAGGGGCGUGGUGUUUGACACAGAUGCGUUCUGAUUGGACCUUGUGUAUUUCCAUUUGGCCUUUUACGUACAUAUCCUAAUUGCAAGUGGCUCCACGUCUUUGGACAAUUCAUGUUUGGAUGUGGAGAUAUUCUAUGUGACAUGGAUGCAUCCUAAUUGGAAAUGGGUUUUUGUACACUUCCAACUGGACUUGUACGCUUCCAGAAGGAACGUGGACAUUUUCAAGGUUGACACAUCCUGUUUGACAUGUACACUUAGGAAUCUGGACUCGCACUUCCUGAUAGGACACGGAUACUUCCUGUUGAAUGUCAACGCAUACUCCUGACGCACGCUCAUGGACACUUUUAGUUUGAACUCCGGAUUGUACCUCUACACUUCCUGAUACGUCAUAUACAAUUUCUGAUUGGUCAUGCACACUUCCUCAACGGACUUUUGACACUUCCUGAUUUGACAUGAACUCUUACUUAUUGGAAAUGAACACUUCAUGUUGUACCGUUGACUUGACAGACAGGUGAGUGGAAGACGAGGCUCCACUCCAUCCCUCCUUUGUGUGCUAGAUGUGGUGCUUUUCUUCUUUAGCUGAGGGACUGCAGCUGCAGAGCACCCUCUGUGGUGGAUUACUGUUACUACAGCUAGCCAAGUUUGUAGCUCUUCUUCUUUCUCCUUUUGUCGCUUUUGACUGUAGUCACAACACCCAAGUUGAAUGUAAGUACGUCAACACAGUGCUUGCCAGAUGCUAACUACCUAGGAGCUCAGCGCUAAUCAACAGUAGCGCCCAAAGUUUGUCACCUUUAAAAAAAAAAUGGUUGCAAGCAAGAGGUUGAAAAGAGGCACCUCAUUUUUGUAAAGCCAUUAAAACUGAUGUGUUGGGGUGUGGUGGUAGGGGACGUGGCUUCUAAAUUGCAGUACAUUACUUGCGUCUGGUUUACAACUUUUACGCAUCGACGGGUUUAGUUUUUCUCUGCUCGUCGCUACUUCCUGUUUGUGUCGUGAUGAGGCGCUAAUGAGCCCAAGUCUUCUCAUUCCGAUGAUCUAGAAUACGUGUUUUGGUGUGUGAGCUGUGCUAAAUAAACGGAUCACGUGUACAA